GACAGGCCUCUCUCCUCGACUGCCCAGUCCGCGGCCAUCGCGACUGGCCUUCGUAGACCUCGACCGCUUCACGCCACGUAAGACCAAGACCAACCUUGAGAAACAUGGCGUCACCUCCGCACGCGUACUCGCCCGCCGGCUCUCCGCCGUACCCCCCGAGCGCGCAGUUGCCGACGAAAAAGCGUGGCUCGGCAACUGCCGAUCUUGCACCACAUCCACCCUCGAUGAAGCGACGCAAGGCAUCUACUAUGUCAGUCACCUCUGCUGGCUCGGCACAUCCUCUUCGACAAACUUCGUUCCCGCCAGACGAGUCGCGUAAUCAGGCCUUCUCCCCGUCGUAUCGACGUUCGCCCAGUGUCGACACCAUGAGUCUAGUUAGUGGAAGUCAGGUGAGCGGCGCUCCUGCGAAGAAGAAACGAGGCAGGAAAUCGAAGGCGGAGCAUGCUGCUGCCGAAGCCAUGCGAGAUGGCACGCCGAGCGUUGUUGGCGGUCGAGCGCCGACCGUGGCUAGCAACGCCAGCGGCAACAACACCGGUAAGGACGCGGAUCAGGAUGCUGGCAAAGAAGGCGAGUUCGAGAUACCCGAGAACAUGGCUAGUAUGUCUGCUGCUCGGACACAAGAACAGAUCGAGGAAGAGAGGGAACUUAAUGCGCUGGUCAAGACACGUAUGGACCCGGAGCAGUUUCAUCGAUACGAAGUUUGGCAUCGCCAAACACUAAAAAAUGCCGACGUAAAAAGACAUAUCAACAGCGUAACCUCACAAUCAUGUCCGACAAAUGUCCAUCAGAUGAUGCAAGUUGUCUGCAAGAUGUAUCUCGGGGACCUUGUCGAGGCUGCCCGCGACGUUCAGCGGGAAUGGAUACAGUUGGGCGAGAAGCAGACCGACUUAUCCGACGACGAACUCAAACCGAUGAACGAGAUGUCGAAGUAUCGCCGGCAGGCUCCCCUUCGGCCCGAACAUCUUCGUGAGGCGUACAGGCGUCGCCGAGCCUCUGCCGAGAACGGCGGUGCGUUGGGGAGCUUGAUGGUCUGGAACCAGCAGACUCUGAACGGAGCUGAACGGUUUGCAGUGAGAUCUGGAGGACGACGGAUCUUUACCUGAACGCGGCACUGCUGGAACCAGCGGCAUCGGGUGGAAUUACGUACCUAGG